AUGUUUUCUGUUUAUAGAGGUUGCAGCAAGAUUGAAAACGAUUUCACCGAAACCACCAUAACUACAGUAACCUAUAGGAAGCUGACUUUCGUCACUGAGUUAUCAUGCUGUAAAGGGCCCGAGUGUUUUGGACGCAACUGGGAGAAAAUUUGGGAUGACAAUGACUACGCGAGUGGCGAAUUUCAUCCAAGGGACAAUAUAUUUUGGUACACAAGCAUUUCUGUUACGGCAACACUUUUGAGUCUGUUUAUUGGAAAAUCAAGUUUUCUUGGUUAUCAAAGAUUGAAAGAGCAACUUGUUCUAGAGUCUUUGAAAACUAUCAGCCGAACUUUGAAAGAAGCCGACGAUGAAGACAAAAUAACAAGACGAGCAGCCAUUGCCAAUAUGUUCAGAAUACGUCGGCGUAAAAAGAAGGCAGAUGUUCAUUGCACUGAUGCUUCUUCUCAGAAAACUGAUUCUGUGCAAGCUUUGAUAAGGUCGAAUAAAAAAUAA